AUGCUUGGUCCGAAAUACUUGCCCAUCUUUUUACUUCCUGUACUGGGUGCGUCUGAGGAUGAUGAUGCUUACUGCAAAAAUGGCGCUAUGUCGAAGGAUGACGUCAACCAAAUACUCACAGUCGUAAAUGAGCUACGGACGAAGUUGGCUAAUGGGUUGCAGGAGAGCGUCGAUUCAAAAGGAAAUCCAAUAACGCUUCCCGCAGCAAAAAAUAUGAGAAAGAUGGCUUAUGACUGUGCACUUGAAAGAAAAGCUGCGAAUGCUUUGGACGGUAUCUGUUCUGAAACACCAGAGAUGCCGCAGAAUGAAAACGGAUACUUCAUUAGUUAUGAUUUCGCCGUCAAAAGCUGGAAGGAAGACAUCUACGAUGUUCAACAAAAAUUCGAAUCCAAUUUUAUAUUCCUCGUUACUGAAGGAACUGUAAAGUUUAUGCCACAGCAAAAAGAAGCCUUUAAUUAUGCCAACUUAAUGCGUGGUAGUGCCUCCAAUAUAGGUUGUGCAGUCAGCAGUUGCUUGGGAAUCCACGUGAAAUGCUGUUUCACCGACCAAAGUAGCAUCCAAAGUGGAGAACAAGUUUAUGAAUUGGGUACAGGAGAAAAUUGCGAGUGUGAUGGAACUUUGACCUGUGAGAACUCGCUAUGCGUUGAAGCAUUAGCCGAAUUUCCUGGAUCAAGUUCUGCCGAGCCAAGCACUUGGUGUGGCUGGAGUAAGAUUUCCGACACGAUGAGAAUGCACAUGAAAGAUACUCACAACUUUCGACGAUCAACUCUCGCUUUAGGACAAGUUAUAGAUAAUACAGGAGCCAAAUUACCGGCAGCCACUAACAUGAAUUACCUGGUUUGGAAUUGCACGUUGGAGAAAGAAGCUCAUGAUUACCUCGGAAAUUGCCCAACAGAAGGCUACCAAAGGCCGGCUGAUAACAGUCCAGCGCAAAAUUUCUAUCGCGGUCCAAUUACUGUUAACGAGCCAACAUGGAGAGACAUGAAUAAGAAGACUAUCACGGAGUGGUGGAAGCCCUCCCGAAAGGUUGCUGGUCCUGGCCAAAAUGCUCAUUUCCGUAUCGCCCAUAACAGCACUUCAAUCAAAUCAUACACCCUAAUGGGCUGGGCCUCGAGUAGACAGUUGGGUUGCUCUAUUGCCAAGUGCGGUAACGACUGGGUGGAAGCAUGCCGCUAUUACCCGCCAGGCAACAAAGUGGACAGCCUGCAGUACAAGCCUGGAACUACGUGCUCUCAAUGCUCUAGAGUUGGGGCAGGGCCAUGUAACGCACAACUUGGACUCUGUGGAUGAUUACGCGACGGUCGGAUGCACCUACUACUGUGCGACUGGGUUUUGGUUUUCGCAGUCAUUCUUUUCUUUCCUUCACUGAUAUUCUUCUACAAAAUAAAAAUUAGCAGAGA